UUUGGGAAAAAAAUAAUAAGCCGAGUAGCAGAGGGGCAGGAAAGCCAAAAGUAUCCGGGAGACAGACAGGUGUCGCGGAAGUUUACACCUGCAGAGGCGCAUCCCUCCGCGUCUUUUUGACAUUAUCUGGGAUAACGUGAAAGAGACUGUAACUGGCGGUCAUCCGGCACCCACUGAUCCUGUGGUUGUCUCAGCCUCGGCCCCCAGAGCAGCAGUGCCUGUACCUCUCCUCGUCCUCCCCUUUUGGACCAGCAGCUCAGCGUGGCGAGGUCAGGAACGAUGGGCCGGAAGCUGGACCUGUCGGGCCUGACUGAGGAUGAGGCGGAGCACGUCUUGAAAGUUGUCCAGCGGGACAUGAAGCUGCGGAAGAAGGAGGAAGAGAGGCUGAGUGAGAUGAAGCAGGAGCUGGUGGAGGAAGGCAGCAGAUGCUCCAUCCUCUCCAAGCAGCACCGCUUCAACGAGCACUGCUGCAUCCGCUGCUGCGCGCCCUUCACCUUCCUGCUCAACCCCAAGCGCCUGUGCUUGGACUGCCAGUACAACGUCUGCAAGACCUGCUGCACCUACAACAAGAGGGACAAAGCCUGGCUCUGCUCCGCAUGCCAGAAGGGCAGGGUUUUAAGGACACAGUCGCUUGAAUGGUAUUAUAACAACGUGAAGAGUCGCUUCAAGAGGUUCGGCAGUGCCAAGGUUUUGAAGACUCUGUAUAGAAAGCACAUUCUAGAGAGAGGAGCGCUCUCUGAUCUCUCAGAAAGCAGCGUUCCAGAGGAAAGCAACGACAACGAUGGCAGCAUCUAUGGCAGCGACUCCGCCUUCUACAAACAGAGUGAAGGACACAGUAUGGCCGAGACGCUCACAGUCGCCCUGCGUGUUGCUGAGGAGGCGAUAGAGGAGGCCAUCGCUAAUGCAGAGUUCAGUGACAGCUUGGAGAAGCAGAAUGAGGCUCGGUAUCUACAGGACCACAAAGAUGAGCUCAUAGAGGAACUUGCAACAGCAAUUGUACAAAAAAUCAUCCAGAGGAGGAAGCGUUCAGAGAUGCAGACAGAGUAUGACUUUGUCUGGCCUCAGACUCAGUCCCUGAUCCAGCCCAGUGAGCUCCCCUCUCCGUCUGAGCCUCACGCUUCUUCCAUCGGACCACAGGACCCCCUCAAAACCUCCUACUCUCUCUGGCGGUCACGAUCAGCGUUCUCCCUCACCAGUGACGACUCCCCAGAGAAGGGUCCAGAGGAGGAGGCUGCCGGAGCGGGCGGUGGCUUUCAGGACUACGCUUCUCUGAAGAGGGAGGGCAAGGCCACGUCCCUCCCCAGCUGGAAGAGUGUCGACCGCCUGGACAACUCCAGUGCAUCCUCAGUGCUCCAGAGCCCAGACGGUAACUGGAUCGCUCUGCACAGCUCACAGCUGUCUCGGCCCAGCCUGCUAACCAAGAGGAAGAGCCUGGUGUUCAGCGUGCUGGAGAAGGAGUCCGGCGUCGUGUCAGCCUACGACGGGAUGGGAUCCGACUCCGAGGAGAACGACGAGGGCGGCUGGGGCGCAGCGCUGCGACAGUUCCGCCGCAAACUGUCCGAUGAGACUUACUCCACGGACUCGCAGCACGACCCAGAGUGGACGUACACCCAGCACCUCCCCAUCACCUCACCGUCCUCCGGCCAGUACACCAACACAGAGACUCUGAACUCGGACUCGGAGACCUCAUCAGUGCUAUCGGCGUGUCCUCGCAAACCGCCUCACAACGUACUGAGGAGGAAAGGGCCGCCGGACACACACCUGCACCCUCCUCACCAGCCGCUCUACCAACAACACCUUCACCAGAACCUCUCUCCAUACCCACUCCACUCAGAGGCACUGGACGUCAACUUCAACCCCAAGGUGAUGGGAGACAGCAGCGAGGCUGAGGAGAGGCAGAGUGAUCCGGUCAGAAGAUCACGGCGACGCAGGAAAAGCAAGAGAGAGUCGUCGACAGAGCAGAGCAGAGCUGGAGGCCAGAGCUACACAGAGUCCAUCUUCCCCCUAGUACAGGAGAACAGUGGUUUUCUACUCAACGUCAUUCUGAAGAUGGGUUUAAGUCAGGAAGAGUCCGUACCUGACACUGUGCCAAUGGCCACAGCUGCAACCAACACCUUCAAAUUAGAUGCAAUGACACCCGAGCCAGAGGACUUGGACACAGUGGCCCAGAAUGUGCUGGCCCCCAGCCCUCCACAGCCCCACUCUCUGGCUCCGUGGUGUCAGCACUCGCCCAGCGGCUCAGGGCCACGAGACCCUUUAGAAGAGGAGCUACUAUUCAGACUCAGCCAGCUGGUCAGCCGCGCCAAAAACAAAGACAGCAGCUCAUCUGAGGAUGAGUGCACAAAGCGGCCCGCGGACAAACAGACAGAGAAAGAAAGUUCAAAAGACACUGAAAGAGAAAGGCAGCAGGAAAGAGACCGAUUAAGAGAUGGGACCAGCGCUAAGGAAAUAGAGAAAGCAAAUGAUACAGUGGAACAAGUGACUGGGCAAGAGGUGGAAAGAAGUGAGAGACUAAUAAUGAGUCCUUCAGUGAGAGAGGAUGAACGAGUUUGGGAGAGGAGGUUAGAGAUAGGAGUGGAAUGUUUGGAAGAGAGUGAAGAUGACCAGGACCAGAAGAGAGUAGAUAAGAGAGAGCUUAACGGACAAAGUCAGAGACAACAUACAAGAGAUGUGAAGAAAGAGACGGGACAGAAACUCGGAUCAAGACGAAGUGGAUCCAGCGCGAGUUCUCCUGCUAUUACACCUUCUUCCCAGGAGGGGGUGCUCUCAGACAACCAGGAGGAACAGAAUGACUUGGAGCAACAGCAGAAGCUUCAGUUGUUCUCCUCUGUCGAGCAGAAGUACUCGGCGGCCUCUCUCUGCAGCAUCACCACCGAGUUGCUGAAAGUUCUGAAUGCUACCGAGGAGCUGAUCGAUGAGGCAGGAGGCGAGGGCUCCACCCCGACUGAGUCCAUGAGUGCUUCUCCCAUCUCCAACAGCUCCGAGACCCGCAAGCUGAACCAGAGGCUGACCAAGAUGGAGGAGAAUGUGUACCUGGCUGCUGGUGCCGUGUACGGGCUUGAGGGGGAGCUGGGGGACCUGGAGCAGUGUGCCCGCGGUAUUAGGAGCGGCACCACAGACACAGAGCUGGCCUUCCUGGAGGACCAGGUGGCCACCGCAGCUGCUCAGGUUCAGCACUCUGAACUCCAGAUUUCAAACAUCGAGGCGAGGAUAUCAGCUUUGAAAACGGCUGGGAUGAAUGUGACUGUCUGCAAUCAUUUCUCCAGGUUCAAGCCAAACGCGAAGCCUCAAACCCUGGACUCAUCACGCCAUCAAAGGAGGAAGCUUCCUGCCCCGCCACUGAAAGUGAAGUUGGAGCCCGAGCAGCAGGUUAAAGUGUUUCAGCCAUAGUUGCAGUCAACAGCACAACAAGUCCCUCAGGCCCAAUUUCAGAGCCCCAGGGACGAGGGUCCGUCUCCUCCAGUGCCUUGACCCAGUGUCCGCCUCCAGCUGCAGGCCAAGCAGGGGCCAACACCUGCCCCAUGUGACCCACCAAGCACUCAGCCCUCAGCCAGGCACGGUACCCCGUCAGUCAAAUGCCUCUCAGAAAGGAUGACUCUCUCUUUCCUCUUCCCACUUCAUUCUUCCUGUUCUCCUCCUCACCAUGCACAUCAUAUCAAGCAAGGAUGACUCAACAGUCUGUGUCUCUGCCUUAAACAUCCGUGAACACUCUUCAUGACCCAAUUGAAUAAGAAUACAUGUACAGACAAAAAUAACUCAUUUACUUUUUUCUGUCUGUUUGCAAGAGUAUUGUGAUUUACUGUAUAAUGAAGACGUGGAAAAAUCAUGUGAAACUUUCUGUGAUUCAAUAUCCCAAAAAGAGGCUGAGCCGUGUUUUAUACUGCAUCUUCAGUGACAUGUCAUGAGGAAUGUCAUCAUACUGUCCGCCCCUCAAGAUCUUUUUUGGUGUCUGUUUUUUCACACAGACACACAGCCAGCAGAUAGUAAUCCUAAUUUGGGGAACAAUGUUACACCUUUUGACAUUUUAACCAUUUUAAUGAUCCAUGCACCUACCAUAAAGUGUUUAGAAACACACAAAGUAUUCGGGCCAAAAUCGUUUUUGCUUGAUGGCAAUGAUAGAAUACAAAGCACACUUUCAAUUUUGAUAACAGCCUCAAAGAAAAUAGGCAUACGAAUAAUUUUGGUUUAGUUUUUUGCCAAGAGUUAUAGGAGAAGAUUGAUAGCACUGUAAUGUCUCCACAGUGAAUACGUAGUCUGUUAGCAUAGCUUAGCAUAAAGGCUGGAAACAAUAGAAAACAGCUGGAUUGACUCGGUUUAAAUAGGUACAAAUAUUAGCCAAGUAGCACUUCUAAAGCCCACGGAUAAACCCAUUUUUCUUUUGUUUAAACUGUGCAAAAAGGCAGAUGUUGUUACCUUCAGAGAGAGCCAGACUUGCUGUUUCCUCCUAUUUCAGCCGUUAAGUCUUUAAGCAAGUCACCUAUCUUUAGGAUAACUACAGACACACAAGUGGCACCAAAUGUAUCAUCUAACUCUCAGCAAGAAAGAGAAAUGCUGCAAUUCCCAUAAUGUCCAACUAUUCCUUAGAUAAAUGCAAGUUCUCAACAUUAACUGGAGAAAUGCUCUCCCUUUAGAAAAAGACAGCCUUAAUGUGGAAGCUUUCACAUUGAAAUGAGUUGAGAUGAGGUUUGAACGUGAGAGUCUUUGUUUGACAUUCAGCUUUUGGUCUGACAGCCGUCCGCUGUGCAGUAUUCUUCAACCCAAAGUCAUCUUCUUUGUUUACUUUCCAACAUUGUGGCCUUUUAUUUCAACAAAAAUGUAUUCUCAUGUUGUCCCUUCGCUGGGUCACGUCUGAACUUUUGUGUUACAUUCAGAAAAUCUUGUAAAGAUUUUUACAAAAUGAAGUCUGACGGGCUAUAUAACAAAUGCCAUAAAACCAUGAUUUUGUUACAAGCAAUUUAUUUUUGUACUUACUGAGCAUUUGUAAGCAAUACUACUAAAACAAGUCCUAUUGCAAAUUAAAGGCUUUAUUCUCUCCUCAUGGAGCCCUCCUCAGUCAGUCCUAUCAGACCUCAGGCGAUGCAUUUACCAUCUGAUAUUCUGCCAGUAAUGACGGUGGUAGAUGUUACAAAAGCUUGGGUGACAAUAGGCAUUUUUUGAGCGGCUUGUGCGAUUCAUAUUGUAUUUGUACUCCUAAAACACGAGAUUUGAGAAUUCUGCCUUUCAUUUUAUUUUUUUAUUUUUACUCUGACCACUUACAUAAGUCAGAAUCUCGGUUAGCCAUGCAUACUAGUUGUCAACGUUGUUGCUGUGGCUAUCGAGCAUCUUAAGAGCAGAGUUGGAUUUCCAAAUGGACUGCUUGAACUAAGAGGUGUGAUCUUCUGUGUGAAUGCUCUGCCCCUUCUAUUAGUGACCUUUUCAUCCCAGCCUUUCACAUCUCGGGUUUUGCACAUUGAUUCUGUACUUUUGUCAAUCUUGUUCUGCCGGAGGUGUCGAUGUUUAAAAGCAUGUUUGUGAUUUUUAUCAAAAUGUACUGUAUGUAAAAUUCCCCACAAGAAGCACAGCCACAAGGGUCCAAUCAUCAGUGUCCUGUAUUUUUCUAAUGUAAAAAAAUAUAUAAUAAUCUCAUCACAGAAUUUAUUAAUAUAUGUAAAUGUGUGAAAAGAUGAAUAUGAUAUAGAAUAAUAUGUGUAUUGCCCAAUCAUAGUUGACCAAUAUUUCAGUGUUGUGUGCAAGAGACUGUGUAUAAUUGUCAUGACUCGUAGGGCUGGAUUCACACAGGACGUCUAUGUAAUAUGUAACUGUGUCCCAGAUAUUCACGCAGAGCUAAAGACAGAUGCUACCUGUGUUCGUGUUUCAGUGUGAAUGAUACGAUGAGGUUCACUGUGCACAGCUCCACAGGUGGGCCAUUCAAUUUAACGCGCAAUCGUUUGUUGCAAUCCAUAUGUUAGGGAAAAUACUAACGAGCAAAAAAUACAGUUUCUCUAUGUGCCACAGUACUCCGAGACAAAAAUGUAUUAUAAAAUGAAUAAAAAUUGCAAAUGUAAAGCUU